AUGUCUGAACAGAUUUUUGAUGAAAAUGUAGAGAGUGUUGAAGUUCAUGAGGAAUUAUUCGAGGGUGACUACGAACCUGCCGAUGGUGAAACUAUACAAGUUGUUGAAGAUGACUCAUGGUCAACCUCUGCUCCAGUUGCCACUGCCACAUCACCACAAUCCAACAACAACAACAACAACCACACAUCAAACUUUAAUAAUGAUAUAAAUAAACCAAAGGUAUCAGAAGUAACUGCUGCAAUGAGAGACUUUAACGAGAAGCAUGAAAAGGAUUUAGCAGAGAAGAAGAGAAUAUCUGAGGAAAAGAAAAAGAAAAAGAUUGAUGAAGCCAAAAAGUCAUUGGAGAACUUCUACACAGAGAGAGACUCAAAGAAAAAGACUGCUUUGAAGAACAACAGAGAUCACAACAAGACUUUGGAGUCAUCGAACCUCGCUGCUUCAUCCGUAAAAGACGACUCAUGGGAAGCCGUUGUACAGAUGAUCGAUAUCUCUAGCAAGCCAGCAUCCGCACACCACUCCACUGCUUCAAGCAGCUCUUCAUCCAACAAAGACGGUGAAAAACAACAACCAGUUACUCCAGCUAAAGAUACCACAAGAAUGAAAGAAGUAUUACUUCGUCUUAAGAAUACUAAAAACUAA